AGUAGACAUAGACGGAGUCAAGAGAGUAGCGCAACGAAGCAACUGAAUGAGAAGAAGUGGUUCGUGGACGAAAAUGUCAAAGCCAAAACGCACCGUAUCGCAUCGCAGCACUACUUGUUGAGUCUUAAAUGAUUCCGUUAUUAUUUACUUUCACUUGUCACCCAAUGCUUCUCGCCGUUUACCUCCAAACGCUACUGCCAAAUUCUCUCUCCUUCGCAAUUUCUCUUUCGAACCUCGUUUAGUUUCCGCUUUUGCUUCUCCUCGAGUUCGAGCAUUUUCACCGCUCGUCAAUUCUUUCGCGUUUUGAUUUUGAGCUUGUGGAGAUGGUGAAGAAGCUUGAAAUGUUGCCGGCGAAGGACGUGGAUUUGUCCUCCGUCAAAUAUGAACAUGAAGUUGUCAAAGCUCCGCAUUUGACUGGAUUCGUGUUUCGAUUCUUUGUGAGGAUACUUGAACUUCCAUUGAUAGGUCCUGCUAUCAUGACUCAUUUGAAGAAGGACAACAAAAUUGAUCAGUUACUGCGGCAUACUGUAAUACCAGAAGGACCGAUGUUUAAACCUGAAUAUCCACCUCGAGAAACGGAACCUGGUGUUGUAGUCCUUGAUGAAGAUGGGAGCCCUGCAAGCCGAGUAGAGUCUGCCUUGAAGUGUCUGCCACAGUAUGAUCCUUCUAAAUCCUGGGAAGAUUCAUCCUUACCCUUUCGGUACUGGAAGAUACGAGACUAUGCUCAUGCCUAUCGAUCUGGAAAAGUAACCCCGUCUAUGGUUGCUGAGCGCAUCAUCUCAGUUAUAGAGGAGAAUUGCAGAAUUAAGCCACCAGCGCCACUUUUGAUAUCGUUUGAUGCUGCAGAAGUCCGGAAGCAGGCAGCAGCAUCUACUCAGAGGUUCGAAGCAGGAAAUCCGUUAUCAAUAUUAGAUGGAAUUUUCAUCGCGAUCAAAGAUGAUAUAGACUUGUAUCCCCAUCCAUCUAAGGGUGCAAGUACGUGGAUGCAUGAGGUACGUACUGUAAAGGAGGAUGCUGUCUGUGUUUCAAGGCUGCGUAGCUGUGGUGUCAUUUUUGUUGGGAAGGCAAAUAUGCAUGAGUUUGGAAUGGGUACAACUGGAAAUAAUCCUAACUACGGAACUACAAGAAAUCCUCAUGCACCUGAUAGGUAUACUGGUGGAUCUUCUUCUGGUCCAGCUGCAAUUGUGGCAUCUGGAAUAUGUUCUGCUGCACUGGGAACUGAUGGUGGAGGUUCUGUUCGUAUUCCUUCUUCCCUUUGUGGUGUGGUGGGACUGAAAUCAAAUUAUGGGCGAACAAGCAUGCAGGGGUCAUUAUGUGAUAGUGGAACGGUAGAAAUUAUUGGACCGAUUGCUUCAUCAGUAGAGGAUAUCAUGCUAGUGUAUGCGGCAAUGUUGGGUGCAUCACCAGAAAAUAGAAUCAGCUUGAGACCACUGCCAAAUCAUAUUUUGGGAUCAUUAAGAAUAGGGAAGUAUACAGCGUGGUUUAAUGAUGUUCAUUCGACUGAAGUAUCCGACAAAUGUGAGGAUGCUCUGAAUCUGUUGACAAAGGCGCAUGGUUGUGAAAUAAUAGAGAUUGUUAUACCAGAGCUUCAUGAGAUGCGAACUGCCCAUGUUGUUUCCAUUGGCUCGGAAUGCUUGUCUUCAAUAAAUGCUGAUUGUGAAGACGGGAAAGGGGUAAAAUCAACAUAUGAUACACGGACUAGUAUGGUACUUUUUCGGUCGUUUACAGCAGCAGAUUAUAUUGCAGCCCAACGUAUUAGACGAAGGAUUAUGCAUUAUCACAUGGAAAUUUUCAAGAAGGUGGAUAUCAUAGUGACACCAACAACUGGCAUGACAGCACCCAAGAUCCCUCCUAGUGCUCUGCAAAGUGGUGAGACAGAUAUGCAGACAACAGCUUACCUUAUGCGAUUCAUUAUAGCGGGGAAUCUUCUGGGACUCCCUGCUAUUAGUGUCCCGGUUGGUUACGAUAAAUCAGGACUUCCAAUAGGUUUGCAGGUGAUAGGCCGACCGUGGGCGGAAGCUACAAUUCUGCGUAUAGCAUCUGCAGUGGAGAGACUCUGUGGUGAGUCAAAGAAAAGGCCACUGCAAUAUCAUGACAUUCUGAGGACAAACUGAAGCAACAAUAUUUGUGCUGAAGCGUUCCCCGUGUAUUUGAUCCUUGGGGGCAAUGGGCAUCUGAUUUUCUCAAGGAUGUAUUUCAGUAUUUGUUUCAAGUUUCAAUUGUUUGUAGGAAAUAACUGCUGGAAGCAAAAAUUAUAAUAAUUUAAAGGCGGCAAAACAUAGUUUCGGAAAUAAAGAAUAUCAUGGAUGCCGGCAUAUUGUGCACCUCAUCAAGAUGCAUAACAGCACAAGGGAGCUUCUUUAGCGUCUAAAAUAAUAUUGUAAGUUUGUAACAAUGUACAAAAUUCAUUUUAGGGAGUGAAAAUUUGUGCUAUCUGCUGAGAAGAUAUCUUACGUGAUAA